AUGUCCAACCUACGUCAAAGCCGCCGACAGCAACAUCUGACCCCUGAACGUCGGGAGGAAGACGACAUAGAUCAUCGAGGAACUAAGCGCCGCCAGUUUCCACCGUACCCUCCCGUCUACCGAACUGAGAAAGAACGGAUGGGACCACAGGAUGGAAAGGUUCAUAGCCAAGAAGCGGCUACCGACAGACAGGCAACCAAGACACCCAGGGGGGAUAUCAGCCUAACACAGGAAGACGUUGUAAAUAACGACGAGGCCAAGGGAGAUUCCGACCUGCGUGCAGAUAAGGAGCAGUCCAUUACUGGUGAAUAUGUAGCUAGUAUUGGACUGCCUUCCCGUUCGUCUUCGGGUAUUUCUGGCGCCUCAUCUUCCGGUAUCGAGCAGCCACGCGUACCACCUAACAAGCGCAGGCGUUACCGCCGUCGUCCCAACAACAAGAGCACAGCGCGGGGCCAGUCGUCAACACAAAAGCUAACCGGGCUUAUGGCCCAACAACAGUCGCCCUUAGAGAAGUAUGAACAAAAGUUGCAGCGUACAUCUUCCGAGCGACCCACAACCAUGUUGUCCCCAAACAAAGCGUCGACUAGUAGGGAGGACAACCUCACGUUUCGGAUCCAAGGCCGGUCGCAACAACACCAUGGCCUUGAGUACGAAUCACCUGGGUUGGAAGGACAACUCUCCGAGGAGGAAGAUACCUUGUCGUCUCUAGAGGAGGCACCGUCAUUCCAAGAGUUCGCACGGGAGCAAGUGUUGGCCAAGCAAAACCCACACGGGAAGGAAGCACUUAAGACUAGGCAGGACCAGAUGAGCACAACCCAUUGUCAACAUCAACAGCGACAGUCGUUCGAGAGAGUAGCUGCUAGUGAGUAUGUACAGACUCCCAAGUAUGCGGAGACAACGUUGCUCACAUCUACUGCCAGUGAGCAGUUACAGACUCUCCACCCACACCAGUGA